AUGUCUCCCGGCGGCGAGCGACUCAAGGAUGAAGGCACAAGGACGCAAGUCGUCAUCGCCGGAGGUAUAGCAGGGCUAGUUUCAAGGUUCUGCGUCGCGCCUCUCGAUGUUGUCAAAAUCCGUCUUCAGCUUCAAAUUCAUUCCCUCUCCGACCCCGUUUCGCAUCAUGGAAUCAAGGGGCCGAUAUACAAAGGGACGCUUCGGACGAUGCAAGCCAUCGUUAGGGAAGAAGGGAUAGCUGGCUUGUGGAAAGGCAACAUCUCCGCCGAAUUACUAUACGUCUGUUACGGCGGCCUCCAAUUCGUAACCUACCGAACAACAACCCAAAUACUCGAAGAGCUACCACGCCGGUUACCAUCAACCGCGGAAUCUUUCGUCUCUGGCGCGGUCGCUGGCGGUAUUGCAACAGCAUCCACAUACCCACUCGAUUUACUUCGUACCCGAUUCGCCGCGCAGGGAAACGAGAAGAUAUACACCUCCAUCCUCGAUUCAAUUCGUGAUAUAAAUCGCACCGAAGGACCGCGCGGCUUUUUCAGGGGCUGCUCAGCCGCCGUCGCUCAGAUCGUUCCUUAUAUGGGCUUAUUCUUCGCUACAUACGAAACACUCCGACUACCACUGGGAGAACUAUCGACUCUCUUACCUUUCGGAUCUAGCGAUGCCGCUGCUGGAGUAUUAGCAAGCGUAAUUGCUAAAACCGGCGUUUUCCCACUCGAUCUCGUGCGAAAGAGAUUACAAGUCCAGGGACCGCAUCGGUCGAGAUAUGUGCAUAAUAAUAUUCCGGAAUACAAUGGUGUUACAGGGACGAUUGUGACUAUUAUCCAGACGCAGGGGGUACGUGGUCUAUAUCGUGGGUUGACGGUUAGUCUUGUUAAGGCUGCGCCGGCGAGUGCAGUGACGAUGUGGACGUAUGAAAGGGUUUUGAAUAUUAUGCGGGAGAAUGAGUAG